AUGGGGUGGGAUCUGGCAACAAUGCCGAAGGUUUCCGCCAAGGCCGAGAAGAAGACCACCAAGACCACCCGCGUCAAGAAGGACAAGAACAAGCCCAAGCGCGCACUUUCCGCGUACAUGUUCUUCGUCCAGGACUGGCGUGAGCGUAUCAAGUCCGAGAACCAGGACGCUGCCUUCGCCGACAUUGGCCGCCUCCUCGGUGCCAAGUGGAAGGAGAUGUCGCCCGCCGAGCGCAAGCCCUACGACGAGAAGGCUCACGCCGACAAGGACCGUGCUGCCAGAGAGAAGGCCGAGUACAACGCUGCCAACGGCAAGAAGACUAAGAAGUCGGCCCCGAAGGCCGUGAGCGAGGACGACGAGGAGGAGGAGAGCGACUAG